AUGGACAUCGAUUGGCCUUUGAGUUAUCUUGAUGAUGUCCCAUUUAAGAUAGGAGACAAAUUCAAAACCCCAGCGAAGGUUGGAUUACCCAUUGGUUUCUGCCUGCCUGAUUCUUUUCAGCUCAUUAGAGAAGCACAGUAUGACUUCUCGCUGGAAAAGCAAACAAUUGAGUGGGCUGAAGAUAUCAACAAAACUGAAGCUGCCCAGAGAGAAGCUGAACAUAAGGCAGAAGAAGCACUAGUGAACUCAAAAGCAGCUUCAGAGGUUAGCAACAAAAUGGGGCUUUCAGAGGUACCUUGCCCUGAGGCCAUGCCUCCUCCUAUUAACCCCAUCCUCGCUAGCCUGCGGCACAAUAAUAUUCUUACUCCCACGCCAGCCAACAGCAGUGCUGUGAAGCAAAAGGCUCUCAGUCCACCUUGUCCAAAAGCAGACUUCAACCUGGCUGAUUUUGAAUGUGAAGAAGAUCCAUUUGACAAACUGGAAUUAAAAACUAUCAAUGAUAAAGAGGAAUUAAAAAAUAUUCUUGAAAUUCAUGUUGGUACUACCAGGCCAGUUGUUGCCCAGCUGUUAGAUAAUACUUUGCCCAAAGGAGGGUCUGGGUCUGUGUUGCAAGAUGAGGAAGUUCUGGCAUCCAUAGAAAGGGCCACGUUGGACUUCAAGCCCCUUCACAAACCCAAUGGCUUUAUCACUUUACCGCAGUUGGGAAACUGUGAAAAGAUGUCCUUGUCUUCCAAAGUAUCCCUGUCCCCUAUUGCUUCAGUGAGUAAUAUCAAAUCCCUGUCCUUUCCUAAACUUGACUCCGAUGAGAGUGAUCAGAAAUCAUCAAAGCUCACAAGUGCUUUCCACAGUACUACCUGUCUCCACAAUGGCACUUUCCUCAGCUCUUUGCAGACUUGUGCUCAGAGUAAAGUGAGUGAACUGAAUGGACACCAUAUGGUUGGUCUUUCCGCUCUAAAUGAGGACAGCGACAUAGAGACAUCAACAUUACCCUCUUCAUCCAGGCUGCCUUCCCUGGCUGUGUCAACAGUUUGUACAGAAGAAGAAUCAUCUCAAAGCACAGUGACUACGGUACACCUAGACUACAAGGAAAGAGAAAUCCCUGUGGUAACGCAUCAAGAUUUCCCAGUGUCUAAAGUGCCCAAUAACCCUAGCUGCACAAAGUGGUCGGGUGGCCCUGCUUCUGAACUACAGCAGGUCCUCUCUGCUAGUGAGAAGCAGUGCGUAGAGAUGGUUGUCAACAUGGGGUACUCGCCUGAGAAUGUUCUGAAAGCCAUGAAGAAGGGACAGAACAUAGACCAGGUUUUGGAUUACCUGUUAGCACAUGGACAGCUUUGUGAGAAGGGCUUUGAUCCACUUCUUGUUGAAGCAGCUUUGGAGAUGCGCCAGUGCUCAGAGGAGAAGGUGAGGGUGCGAUGUACUAAGGAAUAGAGAGAAUGUGCUGUGAUGGGGAAUUUCAGCAGAAGUUCCUCUGGCUGCUGUAAUUUUGACUUUCAUGAUGAUGCUGUCUUGUUUCCAAAACUGACUGCUGAAGGACAUCCUUGCGGUAAUAAAGUGAAUAUGUUUUAAA